GAGUCUGGGCAGAGGUGGACAGGACACAGAGAGCUAGAGACUUCAGCCUGGCCCGCCACAGACUGGUGCCUGCCAUUGUGGGGGUUGGAGCAGAGAGAGAGCAAGACCACAGAGGGAAACAUGCAGCGGGCACUGUGGAUGCUGUGUGCAGUCUGGGUGACUGUCAACGCCAUCACUGUGGAAACCCCACAGGGGGAUCUUCGGGCGGCCCGAGGAAAAAGUGUCACCCUUCCGUGUACCUACCACACUUCUGCCACCGAUCGAAAUGGAUUUAUCCAGUGGGAUAAGCUUCUCCGGAGUCACACAGAAAAGGUGGUCACCUGGACGUUCGGGUCCCACACCUACAUCUACGGCAGCCGCUACGAGAACCGCGUGAGGGUGGCGGACGCCGCGGAGCAGUCGGACGCCUCCGUCACCAUCGAGCAGCUGUCCAUGGACGACAACGGCACCUACGAGUGCUCCGUCUCGCUGAUGUCCGACCUGCAGGGCACCUCCAAGGCGCGCGUCCGCCUCCUGGUCCUCGUGCCACCCUCUCCGCCAGACUGCCACAUCAAGGGAGAGACAGUGAUCGGGAACAACAUCGAGCUGAGCUGCCAGUCGGCGGAGGGCUCCCCGGCCCCGCAGUACAACUGGAAGAGCUACGACGCCCAGCGCCAGGAGCGGUCUCUGUCCUCUCCAGCCUCAGGCCAGAGCCUCCUUCUGAAGAACAUCUCCAUACUCACCUCAGGCUACUACACCUGCUUCUCCAGAAACGAGAUGGGGAUGGAGACCUGCAACAUCACACUGACCGUCAGACCGCCCUCCAUGAACGUGGCUUUGUACGCGGGCAUCGCGGGUGGUGUGGUGGCGGCCCUCAUCAUCAUUGGCGUCAUCAUCUACUUCUGCUGCUGCCGGGACACAGACAGGAAAGAGGACAAGGAGGACGCAAGGCCGGACCGGGCAGUUUACCGGGCUCCACCAGAGCAAGUGCGAGAGUUUCCCAGAGAGAGGGAGGAGGAUGACAAAGACAGGCGUGAAGACCAGAGGAGCUCCGGGCGCCAGUCCCCCCCCAGCCACCCUGACCAGUGACCGGGCCUGCUGCAGGCAGAGGAGGAAUGGUGACGGGCCAUCCUUCCACGGUCUCCCUCGGUGCUCCCUCCCAGCUGCUCCCCCAGACACGGGCGGGUCGCACCCACAUGGCUACGGAGAUCCCACCUGUGCUGACCGUGCUGGCUGCCCACACGCUCCCCACUGCACCAGGCGGCAGCCCCGACUCUCCCUCAGCUGGCCCUGCUUCCGAAGCACAGCUCUGAGCGCAGGCGCCCCUGCCCGGAGCUAUGCAUAGAGCCAUGCUACCUCGGAUGGCGCCUCCCUGUGCCUGUUGGGGCUGCACUCGUUGCAUUCUUGUGGAAUGAAGGAAGGUGCACGUGAGGGACUCCCUGUUCCUGCUUGGGGGCCCACACAUCCCAGCCUCUGCUCUGGUCCCCUGGCCAGGGCCGCCUCCUGUGCUCAUGUACUUUCCCUCUCUGCCUUGCAAAAGCCUGCCUCUCCUGCAGGCCUAUCUCUGCUCACAAAGCUUGCUAUACCCCUAUCCUGGUCGCCCGCACUCCUGGGGACAGUCGUGUGCUUUGUCCUCACAGGAUCCUGGGCUCACAGGAGGUUCUAGUUGUGGUGGAAUCCGAGCUUCUGGGAGCAGGGCCUGGGCCCUACCAUGCCUGCCUUCCCUGCAGCCCUGGGGUCUGCGUUUGGGAGCUGCUUUGUCAGCUUGGGUCUUCCUGGUAUGUCUGUGGACAGGUGGAUGUUCCCCACCCAAACCCACAAGUUAGACAGUGAUGGAACUGAUGGAAAAUGAACUCACACAGCCUGGCACAGUGGUGCACGCCUGCAGUCCCACUACCGAGGGAGGCUGAGGAAGGAGGAUUGAAAAAUUCCGUCCCACCACGGCCACUUACUGAGGCCCUGUCUCAGAAACACAAAAUAAAAAAGGGCUGAGGAUGUAGCUCCAUGCGAAGUCCAGGACCCUCCCGCUGCUGCUGCCUGUCUUGCUGUCCUCCACCCUCCUGCAGCCGCAGAGGUGGCCGGAAAUUCUUCUGCUUGCCAGCGUCAAGCGGUGUCUCUGCUCCAGUGUCUGGUGUCAUCCAGAUGCGGCUUACUAUUAGGCAAAUGCUGUUGACUUUUCUGGGUGACCAGAAAAGCAAUUCCAUAAAUAUGCUGUCCGCUUGUGAUUUCUUAAAUGUCUAUUUUUAUAUGUUUUGUUAAAUCCUUUGCUUAAUUUGAAAUGACUUCAGGAAUAAUAAAAUUGACAGUGGAAACUCUUCUCUUUGGCAGUGUGGGUCUGGUUGACACCAAGGCAGAGCUUGUAUUCGCCAGGCCAAGGCUGCUCCCUGCUGGCCUCUUCUUCUUUCUGGAGGCACAGUGAAGUGACCAGGACUGAAUCCUGGGGUCCCACUGCUUGUGGGCACAGUGGGCCUUGCAGGGGUGCCUCCAGGGAUUCUGGGGACACAAGGAGCCCUCCUGCUGGUGGGGCACACCCAGAAGCCUGCAGUGGCAGCGGGACCGUCCAGGAAGAGGGCAGGGAGUGCUUGCCCCCAACACCCUGAGUGCCCUCCUGAGAAGGGCACAUGGUGCUCUCGUUCUGUCACAGAGAAUG